AUGGACAACAAAUUUGAAGCAUUCGAAAGAUGUUUCAAGAUGUCAAUUAAUGCUACACAGUCUGAAUCACUAGAAUGUUUACGAGUCAAGAAAGAUAGACAUAAACAAUUAGAGUUUAAAAUCGCAAUAGAAAUGGUAACUAAAUUUGAGAUGCUGGUACAAUUAAAAUCCGAUUUGGAAAUAUUAGACGAUUUAUUCAAAAGUCAUGAUAGUAAAGUGAAAGCAAAAAAAUGCUGUGAAGUGGUCAAUAAAGUUAUUACAAUUGUAAUCAAACGCAUCAACGAUUUGUGGAAUACUAUGUUUUUACUUUUCACCAUCAAUGUUGAACUUGAAGAAUUUUUAGACCCUAUACACACCAAUAGAAUGUCUAGCGGAGUCAAAUUCAGCAGUAAUAAUGUUAGGUACAAAAAUAUCAUUAGCAAAGUUGGGAUACUUUCAACUCAAGAAGGUACAAUUUUUGAUUUUGCCUCUUCUGAUUUUAUCAAAAUUCUUCAAACAACAGCGUUUGUCGACAAAACACUGAUGAUAAAAGAAUUAUUUCAAAAUAAAGAAUUCAAAAAAACAGUAAUCACGGCUCCCCGGAAAUAUGGAAAAUCAACAAAUCUAACUAUGCUGAAAUACUUUUUGGAAAUUCAGGUGGACUCUCUCGGAAAACCACUUACAAAGGCAAAUGCUGAUAAACCAAUUACAGACACAAGUCAUUUUGAGGUAUUUAAAGAACUUAAGAUAGGCAAAGUAACUGAUAUUAUGCAUGAUCAUUUUGGGAAAUACCCAGUUAUGUAUGUGAAUUUCAAAGUAGAAAUGUAUAUAAAAACUUACGCCUGUGUUAUUGAAACAUGUAAAAAAGUAAUUCACAAAGCCUUUCAAUCACAUAAUUAUUUACAAAAAAGUUCUAAAUUGGAUAUUAGAGAGAAAAAAUUAUGUAAAUUGUGGUGUGGUGAUGCAAGUUACAAGACGAUUACAAAUAUAAAUGACAUUUGUAUUGGUUUUGAGUCAUUGAGUAAAUGUUUAACAAAGCAUUAUAAUAAGCCAUGUUUCGUUCUAAUCGAUGAACCCGAAUUUUUAACAUUGGUUUCAAUAGCACAUACUUUGUUCGAAGAUUAUAAACGUAUUUCUUUUUUUAUAAGCCAAUGUUUAUUAUUUUUAACAAACGAAGAAUUUGUUGUUAGAGCAUUUGUGACUGGUAAAUCUGGUUAUGCUAUUGGUAGAAUAGUGUCUUCAUGUAUAAAAAUACAACCGUUCUCUGAGUUUCAUGAGUUCACUGAUUAUUAUGGAUUAACUAUAAAUGAGUUGGAAUAUCUUUUCGAAAAACCGGAAUUUGAUGCUGUGACAGUGACAAUAAAUGAAGUAAAGGCUUAUUAUGGUUCAUAUAAUAAAAUUGAUCAACUUUCAAAAAAGAAGAAGGAGAUAUAUUGCAUUUGGUCAAUUUUAAAUGUUUUAAAAUGUAAAAGACUUGACAACUUUUGGCGGGACUUUGGAUCUAUUUUUUGUAAUUUUUCGAAUCCAACUAUCAAAGACGCAAUGCAAGUAUUAUUGAUUAAUGAACCUAAUAUGGUUAUGGUACACGAUACAACAAAACCAAAAACUUAUAUAGAUACUCCUCCUUCAAUUAUUGCAGCAUCUGGAAACCCUACUGAGAACUCACUAGAUUUUUUUUUCAAUCUCUUGUUGGAGAUAGGCUACUUAACCUAUGAUUCAGCUGUAGUACAAGUCUUAGACUUGUAUAAUAGUAAAAACACUUGUAUGUAUGUAAAAAUACCAAAUGAGGAGGUUAGAGAAGAUAUUAAAAAAAAAAUAUCAUUGCUCUCUUAA